GGUGAAAAAAAAAAAAAAUAAAAUAAAAAAAAAAAUAAAUAAAUAAAUAAAUAAAAAUAAAAAGUGAAUUGCAUUUUAAGGUACUUAAAUGUAUAUUAUAAUAUGUAUACCGGUCUUACAUACAAUAUAAUAAGUGUAUAUAUUUACACACAAAGUGCACAACUAAACAAAGAGAAAAGUUAUUGUCUUGUAAUAGAAUUUUAUGGUGAUAAUUAAUAUAAAACUAAAUAAAUAAAUCAGAGAGAAGACAAUAAAUGUAAAGUGACAAGGGAAAAAAAAAAAAAAAAAAAAAAAAAAAAAGCCAGUGGUGGGUAAAUGCGGGAUAAACGUCACAUAAAAUUAAUACGUCGUAAAGAGAUUUACGGUGGGUAGUAAAUUGGGCGGUGCUACUGAUUGCUGCAGCACAUUUUAUUAUAAAUAGUAAACAUGAGUAAAAUGUAUUCAACUGCCAAUUUGACGGACAAGGAGCUGAAGGAACAAGGAAAUCGAUUGUUUAGUCUUCACAAGUACGAGGAUGCUGCUAAUUGUUACUCAAAAGCUAUUAUUAAAAAUCCAGCACAAGCGCCAUACUUUACAAAUCGCGCUCUAUGUCAUUUAAAACUUAAAAGAUGGGAAUCUUCAUGCCAAGAUUGUCGCCGUGCUUUAGACAUGGAUCCAUGUUUGGUCAAGGGUCACUUUUUUUUAGGCCUAGCACUUUUAGAACUUGAGGCGUUUGAUGAAGCGAUAAAACAUCUCCAGCGUGCUGUCGAUUUAGCCAAAGAACAAAAGCUCAACUACGGCGAUGACAUGACCAGUGUUUUGAGGCAAGCGCGUAAACGACGUUUUCAAUUGAAAGAAGAGCAGCGACUUGCUCAGGAUAUUGAACUACAGACUUAUCUUAAUCAGCUGAUUCUGGAGGAUGCCGAGCGACAUAUGGCAACUCUCGAUGAACAAAUCAGAUCAAUUGGUGAAAAAAAUUAUCGUCAAGACUCGAGUGACGGAGGAAACAAUAAAACUACCGACGCCGAGUCAUCAGCAACUGCACAAGCCAUGUCUAUUAAGAGACAGGAAAUAGAGAGUAAAAAAGAGACUGCUAUUACUCGUCUUAAUGAUCUUUUUGCUAAAGUUGAUGAAAGACGAAGAAAACGAGAAGUUCCAGAUUAUUUAUGUGGAAAAAUAAGUUUUGAAAUACUUCAAGAACCAGUAAUUACACCCAGCGGUAUCACUUAUGAACGUAAAGAUAUUGAGGAACAUUUACAGCGAGUUGGUCAUUUUGAUCCUGUUACUCGCGUACGUCUUACCCAAGAUCAACUAAUCCCGAAUCUGGCGAUGAAAGAAGUUGUCGAUGCUUUCUUACAAGAUAAUGAAUGGGCAUUAGACUAUUAACAAUAAAAAUCUAUAUUAAUCAAUAUUUUUAAUAAAAAUGGUGAUAAUUUUUUUAGUUACUAGUUUUGUAAGGAUAAUUAACUCGAUCUCAUGUAAUUCCGUCCUCGAUACGUUGGAACAUGAAUCGAGUAUUCAUAUUCGUAUAUAUGAAUGUAAAAUAAUAAUAUUAAUUAAUAUCAAACGUAAUAUUAUAAUAAACGUCUGUAAUCAUACGAUACAUAACAAUAAAAUAGUUUAUUUUACG